GGCGAUCCAGUGGUUACAGCAUUCGAGUGUCACACUUCGAGACGCACAGCGAAAGUAACAAAAAAAAAACCAACCAGGAUCUACUCACCACCGAGUCAGGACUUCAAGUUUUUAAAACCGAAUCAACCAAGAUGAAGGUGUUCAUUGUACUCUGCGCUCUGGUGGCCUGCGUUUCGGCCGGAGUGGUACGAUCCUCGGGCUGGGGAUCGAAUCCUUGGGGCAGUGGCAGUUCUGGAUGGAACAGUGGUUGGACCGUCCAGCAGCCACAGGUCAUUAAGGUCAUCAAACUGGGCGGCAACUCUGGAUGGGGAGGUGGCAACUCCGGAUGGGGAGGCGGCAACUCUGGAUGGGGUGGCAACUCCGGAUGGGGCGGCAACUCUGGAUGGGGCGGUGGCAAUUCCGGAUGGGGUGGCAAUUCCGGAUGGGGUGGCAACUCUGGCUGGAGCAGCGGCAACUCUGGGUGGUCUAGUUCCGGUUCCAAUAGUGGCUGGUGGUAAAGGAUCCUAGAUCACUAUGGACCACCUCUAGGAAACAAAACCCCAUCACCAAUCCCGCCCAGUUCCCGCACCCGCCUCCCUCUGCACCUGGUUCACAAUUCACGAUUUUGUAACAUAGUUUUUAAGUACCUUUUUUUUGUGUAACAAAUGAAUAUAUAAAUAAAUCAAAUGCAUAAAUUCAACGAAA